AUGGCUUCACCCUCUGGGCGUUGCUCCGUGCUGCUACUGAUGCUUCUCAUUUUGUUCUACGCACCCCAGCUGAACUCGACACGAACAUCUGGUCAAUCUGUUGGCAAAAAACAUGCUUCCUCCUAUGCAGGUGUGUCGACACCGCGAUCAAUGUUCAAGGCUGCGGGAAAACAGCCAGGAUCUGAAACGUGCUACGCAGGAAACUUCAGUUUUCUGGUUUACAAAGAGCAUGCUGAGCAACGAAGCGUCCCUAUGACCGACCAGGAAUGUAUCAACAAUUGUCGUCAUUGGUUGUUCCCGCCUUUAUUGACGCUACAUGAAUGUAUCAAAGUACGUUCAAAAAACAGCUGUUUACGAUCAGCAGGUCUAUGUUUGAGUCUCACCAGGCCAGAAAUUAGGUCUAUCAACACCUGCUUGCUUGGAGGGGGACUUUGUCGCAACACCUAUUUCUAUCAUUGCAGUUGUGUCAUGAUCAUCCACCUACCACAUAUCCACAAUACAAUGCGUUGCGAUCUCGACUCGAUGAGCGAAAAGCUUCUUCGACGGAUGAAAAGAAAUUCAGCGGGAGUAUUGGUCGAACAGUAUGAUGUGUCUGCGAUUUCCUCCGUAAUGGUGUCUGAAUCAUUGUGUCCAGCAAAGAGAGGUCACAGAGAUGGUCACCUUCCGCCAGUUUGCGACGCUUGCCAUUUGACUCCCAAAGUUAUUGCUGCGAAUGACCAGUGGAAUCCAUGUUUCGUUGCUACAGCGGAAGCUUGUCUGGUGAGAGAAUACAUCUCAGAUCUGAGGUGCUUCCCUUUUCCAUGGCUGAGCAUGGUUGAGAGGAGCCGCUUGAUUACCACUGCAGAUGCAGGUGGAGCUUUGACGUUAUGGCUCGCCAUUGAGCGGGCUCUUGGGCAGAACAUUGCCAACGAAUUUGUGAACCAUAACAUGGGACACCUACCGCCUGCGGCUGAUGACCAGCCUCCUGAGACCUGA